AUGAAUCAAGGCUUUGGAUCAGGAAACACACAACCAUCAACUCCACCAUAUAAUUCUUCAACAUCUGCAUCACUACCUAAUCGUACUAGUAAUACGGUACAAGGAGGAUUUUCCAAUAUGAUGCCUCAACCAGCUGCUCAAAACAUAUCGUAUGCGGUAGGACAACCAUCUCAGAUACCAUCAUAUCCAAGUGCUUCUCCAUUAACAUCAUCAUCUUCUCAUGGAAGCCCUUAUUUCGCAAAUACUCCGAUAGCAAAUACAAAUAAUUAUUCACCAUAUUCACUUCCUAAUUUUGGACAACAACCAUCAACAUUUCAAGGAGGUAGUAGUUCUCAUCAAACUCCAUAUCCACAAGCAUCUUUUAGUAAUCAACCACCGCCACCACCACCAUCAACAAAUACUGCAAGUUACCAAAAUCCAUAUCCACCACCAACUUCUCACCAAUCAUCAACUCCUUAUCAACAAUGGAACGUAACUCCAUCUCAACAAGGUAAUUAUCCACAAAAUAAUCCACCACAACAGUCUUUUCCAAAUACUUAUGCAACAUCAUAUUCUCAACAACCUAAAGGUGGAUAUCCUCGAAACGAACCACAACAAACAUAUCAACAAUAUGGUGGUGGUUACAAUACAAGCUUUAAUAAUGAUCGUCUUCGAUCAAUAGCUACACAACAUGAAAUUAGUGAUGCAUCACUACAACGUCUAAAUAUACUUCAACAAUUUGAAAUUGUUGUACUUUGUGAUGAUUCCACGUCAAUGAAUACACCUGUCAACGGAACAACUAAUACUCGUUGGGAUGAGUUACGAACUAUCGUGCAAAUCAUUAUCGAUAUUGGUACUAUAUUUGAUUCAAAUGGAGUUGACGUACAUUUUCUUAAUCGACCUCCUAUGCUCAAUGUUACUGAUCCUCGACAAGUUGUUGAAUCAUUUAAUAAACGUCCCAACGGAUAUACACCUCUUACUUCUGCUUUACGAGGAAUUUUUCAAUCAGCAGCAAGUAAACUUCGUGGUAACAAACGUCUAUUAGUUUUUGUAGCUACAGAUGGAGAACCAACUGAUAAUCAUGGUUAUGUCGAUGUACAAAGUUUAGAAAACCUAAUGCAACAUGAACGUCAAUCAAAUACUAUGUAUGUGACAUUUCUUGCUUGUACUGAUGAUCCAGCAAGUGUCCGUUAUUUAAAUCAGUGGGACCGUACAAUGAUAAAUGUUGAUGUUGUGGAUGAUUAUAAAUCAGAACGAGAAGAAGUACGUCGAACUAAAGGAUUCAAUUAUUCAUUUUCAUUUGGUGAUUAUGUAGUUAAAGCAUUAAUGGGUGCUGUUGAUCCAGGGGUGGACUCUCUUGAUGAAUAUGCAAAUAGCACUAGAAAUGGUUAG